AUCCUUCAUCUCCUGCGGCUAAGCUGGAGGCCACAGAAAACCCAGAGGGUGGUGGCGAGGAGGAGAUGCACCAAAGGGCUGAGGAACACAUCCCGCAGCGUUCACAGAGCUCGCUGCCAGGCUGCGCCUCGGCGACCGCGGUGGUUCAGCGGCGUGUGCAGCUGGUGGGCACUGGGGAGGGGGGGAAAGGCCUGUGCACUUGCCACUUCAGCCAGGUCUUCCAGUGCCCCCAGCACGUCCUGUCCGUGCUCGGUUCUGUUCUGAAGACCUUGCAGCCAGAGAUGCUCAGCGGGCAGUGGCAGAAGGGACAUGUUGCCCAUCAGGCUGAGUGAGACAGUGCUGAUGGCCUCUUGGAGGUCCUGAAGAGCUCCUGGAACGAGUCUUUGGAUAAAUCCCUGGCGCUGUCCUUCCUCAUGGCGGAGAUCAGCCGGCUUCUCACCCACUGCAGCCGGGAGGGGUUUGAGCACAGGUACAGGACCUUCUGGGAGCUGGGGGACAGCUGGAUCGGGCCCUGCGUGGAGGUGAAGCUCUAG